CGCCGGCGCUGCCAGUUAACAGAGCAGAAUGGGCUGUAGUUUAGUGUAGUAGGAAAGCUGCAAAACAGUGUGGUCUUGUAAAAAAUUUUUCCGAAAGAGGAGAGCAAAAAAUAAGGAAAGAGAAAAAGUUCUUCAACUCACCCCACUGCAAGCUUGCUGUUUUACUGGCACUGGCGCGUGAUCUCUGCAGAGAGAGAAUCCUUUGGACUUUGUAGGGCUGCGGUAACGCGCCGCUACUAUUGUUGGAGAUCCUCCCCAAAAUAUGGCAAAGGUUCAGGUGAACAAUGUAGUAGUGCUGGAUAAUCCUUCUCCCUUCUACAACCCUUUCCAGUUCGAAAUCACCUUCGAGUGCAUAGAGGACCUGUCGGAAGAUUUGGAAUGGAAAAUUAUUUAUGUGGGCUCAGCAGAAAGUGAGGAGUAUGACCAAGUUUUAGAUUCUGUUUUGGUGGGCCCUGUUCCUGCAGGAAGACACAUGUUUGUAUUUCAGGCAGAUGCUCCUAAUCCAGGACUCAUUCCUGAUGCAGAUGCCGUAGGAGUUACAGUUGUAUUAAUCACUUGCACCUACAGAGGUCAAGAAUUUAUUAGAGUUGGCUAUUAUGUAAACAAUGAAUAUACAGAAACAGAACUGAGAGAAAAUCCUCCUGUAAAACCAGACUUUUCUAAGCUACAGAGGAACAUUUUGGCAUCCAACCCCAGGGUCACAAGAUUCCACAUUAACUGGGAGGACAACACUGAAAAGCUGACAGAUGCAGAGAGCAGCAAUCCAAACCUCCAGUCACUCCUUUCUACAGAUGCAUUGCCCUCUGCUUCAAAAGGGUGGUCAACGUCAGAAAAUUCGCUAAAUGUUAUGCUAGAAUCUCAUAUGGACUGCAUGUGACCAGCUACCUUUCCUUUCCUUGCUAUGUAUGUGUUAAAUUGUGUUUUGAAAAAGCCCACACCAUACACUGUCUGUCUCCAACAGCAGCAGAACUUCUUUCCUGGAGUUACAUUUAAGUUACAUAUUCAAAAAAUGUGAAGAUUUUGUUUAACCCCCCGCUCCCCCCGCAAUAUCCUGUAGAAAGUUUAUAAGGGAAAAAUAUUUGAUUGGAUGUAUAAAUAAAACUAUUUUUAAGUAA